UGCAUUUUUUUCAACACAGUUUAAAAGAUAUGAUUAAGUCACACAGCUAAACGAAAAAAAAAUCGAUGUUAAAUGAAAAAUCUGUGACACUUUAUAAAACCGUGAUUUGAUGACUGAUAUGAGAAAUUUUAGUAUCUUUACAGCACGACACAAUAUAACGUAGUCGCUUACAACAAAUAUUUCAUUGCAGCUAGGAAAUGGAUAUCGCUGUGUACGAUAGAAUUCGCGGCGGAUACCGCGUAUUUAUUGGCGAUCUUGGGCCAAGAAUAGGAAAAUAUGAACUCGAAAAAGAAUUUAAACAAUACGGACCAAUCACAGACACCUGGGUUGCAAGGAAUCCCCCAGGUUUUGCUUUUCUGGUGUUCAAAUAUGCUGAAGAUGCAGAAAGUGCUGUGAAAAAGCUUCAUGGAAGACAUGUAUGUGGCAGAAGAAUCAGAGUGGAACAUGCUCGUCCGUUCGAGGAGCGCCGAAGACUACAGAUGGAGGAGCGAAGAAAUUCGUACAGGCCCCGAUAUUCCAGGUCAAGGUCACGAGAUAGGUAUAGAUCCAGAUCAAGGUCACGUGAUCGUCGAAGAUCAAGGUCAAGGGACCGAAAGUCAAGAUCACGAGAUCGUAAGAGGUCAAGGUCACGAUCAAGGACUAAAAAAUCAAAGAGGUCAAGGAGAUCCAGAACAAGGUCAAGGUCAGGUUCACGUAAAAGAAGAAACUCUCGCAAAUCUGGUUCCGUUGAUAAAAGAAGUAAAUCAGUCAGUCCCAAACGAGAAAAUGGGGAUGUAGAUAGGGACAAAUCAAAGAGCAAAAGUCGUGACAGAUCAACUGAAAGAAAAAAGUCUGAGUCAGAAGAUACAGAUGUAAAGAGAGAAAGGCGGUCCCCAAGUGAGGCCAGAUCAGAGAAGGACAGGCAGAACUCGGUCCCCAAGGAUGACACAGAUGAUGUUGCAAAAGAUAGGAGAAGUGAAAGUGAUUGAUGUGUUGAAAACUGACAUAGAGGAAAAGUGAAACCAGAGGUAUUUGAUACAUGUGUCAAACAGUGGUUGUUUUUGUUGAUCCACACAAAAAAAACACAACUUAACUGUGAACUGAUACGUGUUAAUGCACCAGAACGCUGUUGAACCAGAGGUGUUGCACUUCAAAUCACAGUUUUUCUUCAUAUACAGAUGAAAUUUACUGGAAUAAAUUCAGGAAGUCACAAAGAGAAUUAUGAUGUAUCUGUGAUUAUUAAUUGCACAUAUUUGGUUAGAGAAUGAUAUAUUUAUGUUACUUUGUGAUAAAAUCUUGACUUGUCAUAGGAAUUGAAGUUCAAAAUAUUUCAUGGUAAUAUUAAUUUCAUUUCAUUCAUAGAAUAGAGAAGUAUAAGGAUUUUUAUAGAAAAAUUAAAAUUUCAUGAAAUUCUGAAGCAUUUUCAGUCUGUUUGAUAUGUAUGAAUAAUUGCUGAUAUCAGUUCUGUAGUUGUACAAUGAGAUUGUAUAUUUAUAGUAAAAAUAAUGGAAUGUAUUUAUGAUCAUAGAUCAAUUUAUUGCUGUCCUGAGCACAAAGUGCUGAUGGUGAUCUUUUAGGGUCAUUGUAUGCCUGUCCAUCUCUGGUCCUUUAUUGGUUUGUUUACACUUUAGCAUGCACAUUUUUUGGGUUUUUUUUGUUGUUUUUUUCUCGAAGACCGACCCGCUUAGCUCAGUAGGUAGAGCGUUGGUCUACGGAUCGCGGGGUCGCAAGUUCGAUCCUUGGGCGGGGCGUAUGUUCUCUGUGACUAUUUGAUAAACGACAUUGUGUCUGAAAUCAUUAGUCCUCCACUUCUGAUUAAUGUGGGGAAGUUGACAGUUACUUACAGAGAACAGGUUUGUACUGGUACAGAAUCCAGGAACACUGGUUAGGUUAACUGCCCGCCAUUACAUGACUGAAAUACUGUUGAAAAACGGCAUUAACCCCAAAACAAACAAAUUUUUUUCAAAAUUUAACACAAUAGAUAUUUGUCAAGUUUGAUUACCGGCUAAAUUGAAACAUUUGGUCAAGAGUAAUGACCCUUGAUUUAUAAAAAAUACAUUAUACCUGUAACAGGAUGUUUUAGAAUCGAGCAUUGUCAUUUCUUCGAUAAUCUUAAUACUAUUUAUGCAGAGUGUUUAUACCAAUAUGAUUUUGGUUAAUGUUCAAUUACGGGCCAAAUCGGUAAAGGCGAAUGAUUUUUUAUGUGCCCUCCUCAACAUCAUGACAGACAGUUGGGUGAGCAGAUUUAGGGAAGUCAUUGUUAGUGUUACUAUAGACAGUCUGUGAAAUCAUUAAAUUUUAUGAGCCUGAAAUUUUAUGGUUUUGUCCAACAGCUAUUUCAUGGAAAUUAUGAAUAUGUAAAUUUAAGAUUUUGAAUUUAAGAUAAAUGGGGGAUUUUAAUUGUUUGUUAGGAUUUAAAUUCUCAGAUUAUUUCAACAUUGAAAUCCAGGAAAGUUUGAGUCUAUGAAUAUUAGUGAUAUCACAGUUUAGCUUGCGUUCUAUGCUAGUUUUUAGAGACGUCAUCCCGAGGUUGAAAGCGUGAUUAUUGUAAUACUGCUUUGCUGAUACAUCCAUAGUAAGAAUAGAAUUGGAAAACCUAGAAAUAAGUAUGUAUAGACACAAAUGGAAACAUGAAAUUUUGGGCAUAUAGAACAGUAGGAAUAUGUACUCUUGUAAAUAUCAACAUCAGGGCUGUUACAGUUAUACAAAAAUGUGGUUAUAGGUUUUAUAGAAAGUAAUUUUGAUACAUAGCUUUUUAGCUCACCUGUCACAAAGUGACAAGGUGAGCUUUUGUGAUCGCGCAGUGUCCGUCGUCCGUCCGUGCGUGCGUCCGUCCGUCCAUCCGUAAACUUUUGCUUGUGACCACUCUAGAGGUCACAUUUUUCAUGGGAUCUUUAUGAAAAUGGAUCAGAAUGUUCAUCUUGAUGAUAUCUAGGUCAAGUUCGAAACUGGGUCACGUGCCAUCAAAAACUAGGUCAGUAGGUCUAAAAAUAGAAAAACCUUGUGACCGCUCUAGAGGCCAUAUAUUUCACAAGAUCUUCAUGAAAAUUGGUCAGAAUGUUCACCUUGAUGAUAUCUAGGUCAAGUUUGAAAGUGGGUCACGUGCCUUCAAAAACUAGGUCAGUAGGUCUAAAAAUAGAAAAACCUUGUGACCUCUCUAGAGGCCAUAUAUUUCACAAGAUCUUCAUGAAAAUUGGUCAUGGGAUCUGUAUGAAAGCUGGUCUGAAUGUUCAUCUUGAUGAUAUAUAGAUCAAGUUCGAAAGUGGGUCACGUGCCAUCAAAAACUAGGUCAGUAGGUCAAAUAAUAGAAAAACCUUGUGACCUCUCUAAAGGCCAUAUUUUUCAUGGGAUCUGUAUGAAAAUUGGUCUGAAUGUUCAUGUUGAUGAUAUCUAGUUCAGGUUUGAAACAGGGUCAUGUGUGGUCAAAAACUAGGUCAGUAGGUCUAAAAAUAGAAAAACCUUGUGACCUCUCUAGAGGCCAUACUUGUGAAUGGAUCUCCAUAAAAAUUUGUCAGAAUGUUCACCUUGAUGAUAUCUAGGUCAGGUUUGAAACUGGGUCACGUGCCUUAAAAAACUAGGUCAGUAGGUCAAAUAAUAAAAAAACCUUGUGACCUCUCUUGAGGCCGUAUUUUUCAUGAGAUCUUCAUGAAAAUUAGUGAGAAUGUUCACCUUAAUGAUAUCUAGGUCAGGUUCAAAACAGGGUCACAUACCUUCGAAAACUAGGACAAUAGGUCAAAUAAUAGAAAAACCUUGUGACCUCUCUAGAGACCAUAUUUUUCAAUGGAUCUUCAUGAAAAUUGGUCAGAAUUUUUAUCUUGAUAAUAUCUAGGUCAAGUUCAAAACUGGGUCACAUGAGCUCAAAAACUAGGUCAGUAGGUCAAAUAAUAGAAAAAACGACGUCAUACUCAAAACUGGGUCAUGUGGGAAGAGGUGAGCGAUUCAGGACCAUCAUGGUCCUCUUGUUCGCUGUAGUAUAAUUAAGAAAUAAUAUAUCCCAAACAGUGAUUUGUGGUUGAAUAAUUUCAUUAUAUGGAGUACAUAUGCGAAGGACUGCAUCCUAAUGACAAACAAUGAUUUUAUUCAAGAGCAAGUCACUGUUUGAGAUAUAUUAUCUCGUUUCUCACACAUUAUCUAAGAUUAUUGUUUACAUCUUCAAAGAUAUUCACGAAAUAUUUUCCUCUUUCAUGUGGUUUUCUUUUCCAUGUGAUGUUUGAUGCCAUGUCAUCAUAAUUAUGACACACAAACAGUACAUGUGUUGCAUAAUAAUACACAUCGUCUUUGUUUAAUAGGGAAAUAUAUGAGCCGCGCCAUGAGAAAACCAACAUAGUGGGUUUGCGACCAGCAUGGAUCCAGACCAGCCUACGCCUCCGCGCAGUCUGGUCAGGAUCCAUGCUGUUCGCUAACAGUUUCUCUAAUAGCAAUAGGCUUUGAAAGCGAACAGCAUGGAUCCUGACCAGACUGCGCGGAUGCGCAGGCUGGUCUGGAUCCAUGCUGGUCGCAAAGCCACUAUGUUGGUUUUCUCACGGCACAGCUCAAAUACAGGUUGUGUCAGAAUUUUAUGAACACUCCCAACACAGAAAAUUGAUAUGUGAAAUUUAAAACAAGGAUUUACUGACAUUCAUUUCAAAUUGGGAUUGCAGUACAGGCUAAUCAGGUAUUCAUAUGGAAUCAUGGUGUUGACAUAGAUGUGACCUUACAGAAGGGGUGGUUAGAAUGUUGGCAUCUCAACCAAAAGGUCUAGGAUUGGAGUCUUGCUGAGGUCACAACCAGACCUUCUUAGUACUGGUUUUUCUAGGAAGUUGAUUCAAAUAAAUUUUAAGCUUUCAUCACAAACUAAAAUAAACUCAUUUUUUAGCUAAUUGCAGAAUUUUUACUGGUGCCUGUAGUUACUAUUUUGACCAUUUUGUUGACCAUUACAAAGACCUAGAUAUCACAGGUUUCUUGUCAUCUAUGAGACAGUUGCCAUUUGAACACUGCAGUCUGUAGACUUAUAUUUUCAUCGUAUGUGUAUAGAAAGUUUUACCUUUGCAAAAUAAAAAUUAAAGUCAUACUAUAAAUGAGAGGCUGAAUUGGUGUGUGAACAUUUUACGAUUGUGUCAAAGGAUCUAUGUUCUUAAUUUAUACUUUAAAAAUAAAUUUUGCAUAGGUGAUCAAGUUUGCCACGAUAAUUCCUAGUCUGUAAAGCUUUUAAUAUGUGCUAGCAGAUAUACAGACACAUUGCAAUGACUCGCUGAAAUCACAUGGAAGGUCUAUGCUUGACAGUUUUACUGAAAUAUUAUUACACUAUAUGUUAUAUCAGAACAAUUUAGGUGAUACACCACUAUUGCAAUUUGGGGUCUCAUUUUGAGCUGAUUUCACUUCAUCUUUAAAGUUUUUUUGAAAUUGUAGACAUUUUUUAUGUGUAUUUGUUUUUGAAGACUCUAUAGUUCUCACUCAGUUUUAUUAACGUUUCAAUAGUUCUCACUCAGUUUUAUUAACGUUUCAAACUAUAGUUCUCACUCAGUUUUAUUAACGUUUCACUAUAGUUCUCACUCUGUGUUGUAUUUGUUUUUGUUUGUACUUAAGUAAAUGUGUUACUUGUGAAAUAUAUUCUAUUAACACUGAUAGGAGACCAGUUAUAUUUUAGGAGUCAUUCUCUUUCACAAGGUCUGAAAAAGCACAGGAAAGUAAUGCUAAAUUACAAGUUAAUAGUUGUAAUUCAGUGUUGAUGUUUUUUUCACUUGCUGAUUUUCUUAUAAAGUGCCCACAUUUCAAACAGAGAGACUUUCAUUGUAGAUAAAAAAAUUGAGUUCAUAAUGAAAAUUUUAUAACAGGAACACAGAGAUUUUCUGUAACAAGGUUUUUAGUUGAUUCCUCCUUAACCUUAAGCCUGCUGGCGGCAAGUGAUUCUGCCUUUGCGACCAGUGCAGACCAAGAUCAGCCUGCACAUCUGUGCAGUCUGAUCAUGGUCUGCACUCUUCGCCAUUCAGUCAGUAUAUUUUUGAUAAGCACCCUUUUUUAACAGUUAAUGGUACUGUCCAAAAUUGAAAGAUGGACAAGUUCAUUAUAGAAAUUUAGCAGGGUAAAGGUUAAAUUUGACAAUAUCAUGAAUAUCAUACAUCAUUCAAAAGAACUCCAGUGGUGGUAUUGGGAAUUCAUAAAGUUUCAAAAUGUCUUGAUUACUAGUAUUUCUGAUUUUUUUGUCAAAAACAAUUUUGAUAGGGUAUUUCCCAUUGUAAAUUUAGGCCUUUUGGGACCAAGAACGUUCUUUUUAUACCUUCUUUAACACCACUUCUGUCUUUACAAAUUUCAAAAAAAACUUCCUUUUUUCAUAGUAUGUGAGUAAUUGUAAACCAGUAAUUGUAAAACAGUAAUUGUAAAAUUGUAAUUGGUUUUUUUUUUUUUUUGUUGAUUUAAGCAUUAUUCAUGUUAAAAAAAAACAACAACUAGAAAUAUAUUAGCAUUAUACUUGUUAAACCAUUUUGUGUUUAAUUUUAUCAUUUGAAAUUUUAAUGUUUGUAUAGUUUUAACAUACGUUGAUGUUUUAAUGGCAGUUAUGCAAUUUUCGGGGAUCAAUAUUGUGUUGUUGUAUUUUUGCCACUCGUAUAUAUAUAUAUAUAGUUUAGUGUAUGUGCACGAGUAGACAGAUUAUAUUUUGUAGUCGCAUCUGUAGAUUUAAUCCUUUGACAAUAGUCAAGGUCAUUUGUAAAAUAUUUCAUUCAUAAUGGAGCUCAAAUUUUGUACUAGAAAUGCAGCAGUUGUUUGGAAGUAUAUGUACCAUCAAAACACAUCUCUGUUUGGUUAUGGAAAAAAGUAAUAAAAAAUAUGUUAAAUUAUUAACAUCUUCUACCCCAUCAAAUGAGUUUAUGGGGCAAUAUUGGAAACACUUUGUUCUAUCUUUUCCCAUCACAAAACAUUUAGAGUGAUAACUUGGACUCCACACAAGGGAAUUUACUGCAACUUGAUACCAUGAUAGAAGGCAAGGAAAGAAAAUGAGAGCACAAGAACGAUAACUCUUUCUUAAAUAAUGAUUAAGAUAACCUCCCUAUUUAUGAGAAGCUAGGGUACAGUUGUCACAAAUCAUAAUUUCUGAACCUGUUUUGCUGAAAUUAGCAAAUCUGAUACAUAAAGACAUAUUGAGUGUAAAAUUAGUAAAUUUAAUGCUUUCCAGGUUCAUCAUGGGUUAUUUUGCAAUCAAACAAUUUGUGAUUGCCAGUGGUUCAGUCCUUCUUUCCAUAACAUGCAUCCAUGAAUCAAAACUGUUCAUAUAGCAUUAUUGCUGUGGUAUUGAUGGAAUACGACACAUAGCUGUUAUGCCCAGAUUCGUAUCAAGGAAUUACUUCAUUUUCAAGAUGUUAGUGUGUGUUAUCAUCUUUUGACUCCAGUGUGCAAGUCAUCUAGAAUAGGCUUUCAGCCACUUUUAAAUUUUCCAUAUUACUGAUAAAUUGUUUUUACGUUAUCUCUGUGCCAGUGUAUGUAUGUCACAGUUUUGUGAAUCUAAUGAUACUUAACACAAAUAUCAGUGGCUUAGAGGGGGAGUGAAGGAGCCCUUUAAAUGGGUAUAUGAGUUACCUUAAGUAAUUGCUCUAGUGUACAUGUGUAUGUUCUGUUCUUACAUAUGAAAAGAAGGACUUUAUCAACAUGAGUAGGACAACGUACUUACAUGUGAAUAAAAUUGAACUGGCAGAAAAGAGUUCCUAACUGCUCAACAGUGUAAAUUAGCACACACACACACACACAAAAAAGUCAUGAAAUCCUACCAUUGUGAAGAUAUGUUUGUAUUUUCUUUUUUUAUUCAUUUCUUUCAUAGUAGUGUUUUUUAUCUACAUUUAUUAAGAUAUUUUUCUUAUGUUUGUGAUUAUAGUAGAAGAACUGUUUAAGGUUUUAAUGGAAUGAAGUGUGAGACCAUAAAUAAAUGUGCUGGUAUACAUGUGCAUUUAAAAAAAAUACAUCUCAUUAAAAUUACAAUUUUCCUCUAAGGCUGAAAGCACAAGUGCAGUAGUCUUCGUAAGUUGUGUAGUUGGGGCAUAUUCCCAUUUGACUUUGUUGUCUGUAUCAUAUAUUUUGGGGAAAAAAUUAAAUGUCUGCUGCAUAGUUUUAUCCUUAUUUGCAAAAUUUAGAAGCACCCAACAUUGAAAGGGUCUAUUACAGACAAGCACAACUGAGAAUUACAGAACUAUGAGAAAACAGUAUUGAAUAAUACUUAAUGUCAUUUUGACAACAGAUACACAAAAUUUAAGUAACAUUACACACAUACUGAACUUUUUUUGUAAAGCUAUUUGUAAAUUUAUAAAUAUGACUUUCAGUUAAUCUAAAAUAAUUACACAAUUUUCUUGGAAGAUACAUGUGAUGUGUAAAGUUUUAAGUCUGAGAAUUGUUUUGUCAGCACCAUAUAAUAUGUUGAAAAAAAAAUUCCUAGGACUGCUGCACUGGGCUUAUAUGUUCAAACUACUGUAUGACUACUUACAUUUUGUGGAGUUCUAAUAUUCCCAUUUCGGCAGGACGUUGGGUGGAGGUGCUUGAAUUUCUUUUUUACAUAACAGUACACAAAACUUGUAUGUGACUUACAAAAAUAUCUUUUGAUAGGUGUUUUUUUUAUUGUUUCCUUGAGGACAUGCAGUGGAUAUUAUAUUUUAAUAACUUCAUUAUUGUUUGACAUAAUCAACAAUUAAUUAUCAUACAGAGAAGCAAAAUAAUUAUGAGAUGUUUUGAUAUGAAAUAGAUACAUAAUUAGGAAAAUGCAUGUGUAACAAUGUCAAACAUCAGUUCUGUUACUUUCCAAUUAAUGUUUUGGGGUGUACUUUCCAAUUAAUGUUUUGGGGUGUUUUCAUACACACAUCAGAUCUAUAGUAGUACACGCCCAUUUUUUUUGUAUGCGUCUUUGUUUAAAUUAUAUUGACAUGUUAUUUCUAAGGUGCAAAAUUGAAGUACAUGUUACUACAAAUAAAUCCAUUUCCUUACUGUAUAGAAAGUUUGAAGUAAUCAAGGAUACAUGCAUUAUAACAUAAAGUCAUGUUAAAUUAUUGAUAAGAUGUUGUUAAUAAUUUAUUAAUACUUAUUAUUCAUAUAAAAAUAAAAUCUUUUUGGCAAUACUUCAAGGAUAGUCAGUAUCCUCCAGUCGCUUCCGUUAUUCUUUUCAGCCUGACAAAUGCGUCCUCAUAAGCACAAAUCUUUUUCAGAGCAAAUAUCUAGAUUUUCUUAAGGUUGGCCAUGAGCUCAAAAUGUUUGCAAAGCAAAUAUAAUUAUGCAUACAGUAAAACAAAGUACAGUUGUAUUUAUCCAUUCUGCAAGACCUCUUGCAUUAUGUUAUAUAAUGUUGAUUUAAAGAUAUAUAUUUUGGAUGAUCAGAUUGGACUGAACAUUAUGUUAGUGUUGUUAAAUUGUGUAAAUAUAGAUAUGGGCGGAAUUAAAUAUGAAAUACCUUG